AAUCCCAAGCGCAUGCGCAGUCGCAACUAUAUGGACGGCCGCCGCGUCGUUUCGUUUUCACAUUCACUCGGUUUAAGUAACACAUUACUUUGGGGUGUUUGGCAUUGUUUGUGAAUACUGAUAGAUGGCCGGGACCGUUGUUUUAGACUCGACUGAAAAACGAUUACAGCGAAAUUUAAAGCUUCUAAGCAAGGGUUUGACAUGGGAUUUGGUUGAGACUAUGUCCAGCUGCUUGUGUCAUUCACGCACAAUCACGGAGUAUGAAGCUCAGGUUGUCAGUUCUCAGGUCACAGACAUGCAAAAAGCCUCAAAGCUGAUGGAGAUCGUCAUUAAAAAAGGCCGCAGCGCGUGCAGCGCAUUCUUUGGAUGCCUUGGCAUCUGUCACCCAAAGUUGUACGAGAGUGUCACGGGAUCUCCAGCACCAUUAAGUCAUGAGGACCAUCAUCACUCAAAGGACAUCUCAUUCUCAGAAAAACAAGCCUCAAUUACAACCUGUAUUAUAAACAUACAUAACUCUUCUCUGCAACACUGUAUUAUUGGGAAUAACAAUCAUCAAUGCAUUACCUGUCACCAGGAACCUCUUCUCUCUCAGAAUGGUGCAAUAAAUGUAGAUGAAAUGGAGGACAAUCAGAGUCAUGACCAGCUAAUACCAGCACAGGACCCAGUAAGUGGCAGUGGCAUUCACAUGGAGAGCUCCCACAUAGAAUAUGUCAUUAUAGGAGACCAAAACAGCAUGACAGUCACGGAAACCUUGAACUCAGAUGUUGAGGAGAACACAGAAAUUGAUUCAGAUGUGAACGGUUAAAAGAUGUGAAAUGAGGGUAGGAGAGAAGAUUCACAUGUUUGGGAAGACACAGGUUGUAUCCUCUUCUCACUGGACUUGACCUGUGAUUCUUCAAUGGAUGAAUCAUUCAUGCUAUAAAAGGGUCAUAUUAUGCUUUUUCAUUUUUUUUCAACUUAGUGUGUAACAUUGAUGUUUGAAGUUUCAAAGCUAAUCUAUGUAACAAAUAUCACUUUUUAAGACCUACAACGAACGGCUGAUAAAGGACUAUAACAAACUACUUCCUGGGUUUGUGACAUCAUAAACCCUUGAAUUCAAACAAAUUCACAAAAAAGGGAGCAAGGCCUUGUUAGGCUGAUUUAGAAGAAGAUGACAAAGAACUGCAGUUGCUUUAUUGGUGUGUUGUCAUCAUGUCAAAGAGACGCUAUUUAUUUUACACGGAUUUUAAACCCACUUUGUCUUGCCUUCCUAAUACGGAUGAAUGUUGAUGUAGUAUUUAGCUGCGGUCUCAUUUAUUUCACUUUAAUAGGUUUCUGUUAACCCUUAUCGAUAAAAAUUCAGCUUCACCCGUUCUAUGUCAAGAUAACUAACAGUGCAUUUUAUUCUGUAGCAAUCACCACUAUGCCCUUAUAUUCCAUUUAAAGACAUUAUCAUUCAGUGUAAAUGCUAUCGUGUGUAAUACACAGAUGUUGUGUGCAUGUAUUUAAUUUUAAAUGGUUGCAUCUCAUAUGUAUAAGACAAUUACAGAAUGAAAAUACUUGUGAAACAUAGAGUCGUGCUUAUGUUACCCAAUAUCCCGAAGUGGCGUCGAGCAGCGCCAGUAAAUGCUCCUUGAGAGUCAAAUGCUCUAACAUGACUGAAAUCUACACAAAUUGUACAGCUUUCACACACUUAAUUUCCUUGCAUAUCACGACCUGUGUAUUUUUCAACACAUGCUCUUAGCAAAAGACCAAUCACAACAGACUGGGCCUACUUGACCAAUCAGAGUGUUUGGGACAGACUGGUAAUAAAGACGUAACAAAUAUGUAUAAUAUAUGAAAAAUAAUGUGUUUUUUGAACAAUCAACCAUGAAAGUAUUCAAGUACACCCCAGAAACAGAAUCAGAUUUCAGAAAAAGACAUAAUAUGACCCUUUUCAAUUAAGCCAUGCUCAGGUUCUUGGAAGGUGCUGCCAAACAUGGUCACAUUGAAACAUUAUUUAGCAUCUCAGAUCUUUCUAAACUUGUGCCAUGAUAGCGUCAAAAUGGCAUCUUUGUGUUUGAAUUUUAUUUGGGUUCAACAGAAGUGUUUGAACCAUUACACAACUGACAUUGCAACUAUUUGCAAUUUCUCAAUAAGCGGUUUUUUAUAGUAUAUAGAUAUUUCCUGUUUUUCGUAAUCACUUCAAAGCAUUUGUAAUCCUAAUAUCUGGUGAUUUUGAAUUAGAUUUUUUUUCUGUUCAGACAUCUCAUUCCAAAUCUUUGCUGUAGGACGUUUUUAAUGUGUAAAUCUGUGAUAUGAUUGUAUAUGUCUGUGAAUUGGGUCUCUAGAGAGAAAAUUAAUACUUUUCUCUUGUGAAUGCUGGGGUAAUCUUAAACUAUGCCUCAGGCCAAAUGUUUAUAGGCUACUUUAUCACUUGAUUGUUUACUUUUUUAUUUAUCUUGUCACUUUGUAAAUAUUUUUUUGUAACACUUUAUUU